GUUUUGUUUGAGCUUCUCCUUGCAAAGGGUCUUAUCUGGGUCACCAGGGACCCUGGAUACAGGUUCAGCCUCUUCGGGUGACUCCAGAAACUGCCAGUGCUGUGACGUUGUCUUCAAGUUAAGUCUCAGAAGGAAAAAAAAGCACAGGGACAACAAAGAGAGGAAGUGGCCUGGGCCGGCCCACCCGAGGCAGCAGCAGCGGGGACAGCUGCUGCAGCAGCACUCGAGCCAGCUCCAGUCACAGUUCGCCUGGGGAGUCCAGUUCGGUCCCUGCCCACCACCAUGGAUGUCUUCAAGAAGGGCUUCUCCAUCGCCAAGGAGGGUGUGGUGGGCGCCGUGGAGAAGACCAAGCAGGGGGUGACAGAGGCAGCUGAGAAGACCAAGGAGGGUGUCAUGUAUGUGGGAGCCAAGACCAAGGAAGGUGUUGUGCAGAGUGUGACCUCAGUGGCUGAGAAGACCAAGGAGCAGGCCAGUGCUGUGAGCGAGGCUGUGGUCUCCAGCGUCAACACUGUGGCCACCAAGACUGUGGAGGAGGCAGAGAACAUCGCGGUCACCUCCGGAGUGGUGCGCAAGGAGGACCUGCAUCAACCUGCCCCCUCACAGGACGAGGCAGCCAAAGUGGAAGAGGAAGUGGCUGGAGAGGCCAAGAGUGGGGGAGAUUAGAGGCCUGCCAGGGAGCUGCAGAGGCCCUGAGGAACACUCUUCUGCCUCGGAUCCCACCCCCUCCUGGUACAAGGAGUGUCUGACCCUGGAAUGUGACCUGCAGGGCUGCCCACAGUCCCUGCAUCCCCUCCCAGCUGCCCCAGGAUGCCACCACUGCCUUCACCUCCCUCCCCUGCGCUCUCCCACCCUCUGGUCCUUCUGACCCCACCGAUGCUGCUGUGAAUUUUUUUUUUUAAUGAUUUUGAUGAUUUCAAAUAACACUCAAAUCUGCACUGCA